AUGAGCUACGGGCCACACCCACACCCUCUGCGUUGUCAUCCGCCAUCGCCUGAAUCGUCACCGUUGAUUGGCGCUGCGAGAGACGGAGGCAAGCAGACAAUGUGUACUUCUCCUCUGAGCGCUGAAUAUCUCCUCACGGAUUCCUCAACAUGCAGCAGCCAAGGAGCAGAAGUCGACGAUGCCGACGAGGACAACUGUGAUCAACACCUUGGAGCUCUAACCUAUGGUGGACCCAUACCGCAGGAUGGACGCCGCUUCCUGGAUUUCUUUGGCCUCCCAGGUGUCAACGGACAAACUGUAGACACGAUCCAUCGCGCUGUCCUACGCGUCUUUGACUACCUUCCAAGUAAGUCUGACGAGCGUUCGUUCACGUUCGUCGACAAGAGUACGUUCAAUUUCCUCCUGCCAAAGUUGUAUCACACUGUGACGAUUGACAUUGCCCGAUUCCCCCAUAAUCUUCAAGCAACGAUGGGUAUGGUCUGCAAGACAAAUCCGGGACGGCAAUUCAUCAGGCGUGUCAUUUUUGAUGGAGACGACGUGGCGGAUAAGAGGAUGCCACCUUCGGGCUUCACAUACCUCGCUUCGCACAUCAUCAGUCAGCUGCCCGAGUAUCAACUUGAGAGUUUUGAAUGGCCUGCCGAUUUCGUGCUACCUGAAUUCGACACUUUGGACCUGUGGGAUAGGCAGGACACUGUAAAGAACAUCGCCAUCUACCAGCACACAUUAAGCUAUUCUCCACAAGACACGAGAGAUGCUUUAGAUGCCAUGGAUAAUCUGGAAGUCCUGCGCAUCAGUGUGGAUGACAGUGCUGGCAUACGCCCUGUUUACCUGAUUCUCAAACAUCACCCUAUCCGAGACCUGCAUCUGGACCUACGAACCUACAAGCCGAAGCUAUGUGGGAAGAGGAGCGUCGCAGAAGACGUCUCUCAGCUCGUUUUCAAGCACAUGCAACCGCUGACCAAAUGCCCUGUACAGCUCCAGCUGGCACUUACACGUCUUACCUUGUGGCAUGUCGACCUCGAGAAUAGCCACGGAAGCUGGCUACACUGCAUUCGCCCCAUGUCUCUCAAGGAAGUCGAGCUCGUUCAGUGUCCAUUUGUCGGUCAUUUUCUCCACCACCUGGCUGAUCGACACCCGUGUAUUCAUAGCGUAAGAAUCGAUCACGACGAGCAACUGGAUGUCCCAGCUCCAGCGAUGACCACAGGCAGAAAAGCUCGAACUGACCAUGAAGUGCUUGAGCACACAUUCACGGACAGCCUUUGCAAGUUCCUCGUAGAUCUCGCCUUCGCCAGAGAGGCAUGUCAAGACCCAGCUCCGUGGGCUGGCACGGAGCCGAGGCAGCGCCUCAAGCGUCUCCGUCUUUGCAUUGAGAAUGCCGUUUGUACAACGACGUAUGAAGAAGCCGUGAAGCUUCAUCUGCCAAAUCUCGAACUCCUUUCCCUCAAGUUUGUCAGCGACGCUGAUGACGACAGCUCCGAAAUCUUCAGCGUCGAAGCCUGCUUCGAGAGCUGCGAACCCUUGCUCCUUCGUCAAUUGGACAUCUCCUUCCAAUCUUUCAAACGUUCAGAGAAGUGCUUCAACCCUGUCACACUGCGUCUCCACGGCGUCGUUGCCGAGAACGGUCAUACGGCAGCUGCUCACGCGCUGUAUGCCCUUCGCACAGCGCACAAGAAGAAUUUGCAGGUUCGCGUAAUUGCCAUUGAGAUACAGCCCAGGGAGUACGUCACGCUAGACAGAACGGGUAAGGUGAUGGUUUGUAAAUCACGUAUGGAGUAUUUCACCCGUGGUGAGUGUAUCGUUAUGGGAAAAAAAGUCGAGACCGUGGUCCCAGUAAGCUUUGCGCAGGUCAAGAAAUACGCGACAGAGAUUGAGGUGCUGAAACUGCCGCCUGCGAAGCUCGGGGCAUACGGACGAGUAUGAGUGUUAUUGUUCGCAUGUGGACGGAGUCGACUUUUUCUAUGGGAAUUGCAGGGCGUGGGUAUUCAAGUUGAUUAAGCGGAUUAUGAGAGCCAGCGUGCUUCCUCUUCCGCCAUCGCUGAAAUCUUAGUGUUCACAUGCUAU